AUUCUUCUCAUCGAAAAUCGAAGAUCGGAAGCCGAAGAGUGAGGUCAUUGGCUAUCCGAAUUCAUUCGCAUUUUGGACUCCGAUCUGACUGCUUCGUUUGGCCACUAGCUUCCAGUUUAGUUAAUUUACAUUUGAAAGCAUAAGGAUAGAUCAAACUUUAUAUUAAGAUGGGCUGUACUUCCGGUUGUGUCAAGUGUUUUCUUAACACCCUCAACACUCUGUAUGCGCUCUUGGGCCUCUCACUGAUAGCCAUUGCGACGAUCACACUCUCAAAGGCCCCCCUCGCGUACAUCGUCUUCCUGUACGGCCUGGGAGGCAUCAUCUUCGUCUCCUCCAUCCUGGGAUGCUGUGGAAUCUGCCAGGAAAGCGUGUGCAUGACCGCAACGUAUGGCUUCCUAUUGCUGGGUCAACUGGUAAUCAGCCUACUGGGCAUCUUCGGCUUCAAGUUCAGUGAGGAAUACAUCGAGAAGUUUGCCACCGCGGAAGUUCAAAGGCAAUGGGAUCAGGAGCUGGUGGAACCAGGGGCGAUGGACCUUUUGCAGAAAGUGUACCAGUGCUGUGGACGGAACAGUGCCGACGACUAUGUAGCCAUAGGCCGCUCCACGCUUCCUGCCAGCUGCUAUCCUGAUGAGGACACCCUGAAGCCCCAUUACCUGGAGGGGUGCGUUAAGAAGUCCGCCCAAAGCUUUGUAGUGCUCUUCAACUAUAGCAACGACACCAACUGGAUCGCAGUGGGCAUAACCGCUCUGAUGGUCAUCGCCGCCUUCUACUUGGUGGGACGUUUCCGCAAGCAGCGCAUUCGUUACCAUUACUAAUUAUGUUGAUUAUGUGUCAAUAUUGUACAGUUGAUUUUAUGACAAAGAGAUAGGCAUUUUCGAUCCUAAAAAAUAUACCUGUUUUUAACCUCUUUAGAGAAAAGUUUUUUUUUUGUAUUACACCCAAUAAAUUAUCUCUGGAAUUGCGAUUAAGCUUUUCUAGAAAGUCACUUUUUUAUGUCA